GAACUAGGUCCGGUUUUCAAAAGAGUGAGCUUAUUACUUCGAAAAUUUAUACAGGUAUUGAAGACCAACACUUGUUAUUUAAUUUUGAUGCAUUUUUUCAUUUUCUAUGGCUUUAUUUGGCUUUGAUGUAGUAUAAUACAGUAUGUUCAGCAAGUUGCGGAAGUUUGCUAAGAAAUUUUCUUGUCCUAUCAGAUUUUAACGAGCUUGGAAAAAUUAAAAAUGAGCCAUCUUCAAAUCUCGCGUGUAAAGCCUACGGAUAUGGAUAGCGAUACAGGUAAUUAAAAUACAUUGAUAAACUUUGUUUUGCAAUGGCUACAUGGCUCUGAUACACUAAGUAUUCUCUAUGUAAUCUCCGUUCUAGUAGGUUCUACCCGCUUAAAUACAACGAUUUUGUACCAUUAUACACCAAAGGGGUGUAAAACCACGCCUUUUUGUUCGAAACAAAUGUGUACAAAAAAUACACAUCUUUUGCAUUAUGGAAGCCAAGCUGUGUAAUUAUACAGUACACAUCUUGUGUACAGAAUUACACACCUUGUAGAGGUGUGUACGAUUACACACCCUUCGUUGUGUAAAAUUACACUUGAUUUUUGUAUUGGGUUGGUAGCGAUUAGCUUAAACAGCAGACUUUUGUAAGAGAAGUACCUGAAAAAUAAAAAAAGAACUUCGACUUUAUUGGGACGAGAAUCCUGUUCCUUCCCCCUGCCACGAAUUGUCUAAUCUGUCUUUAGUUGUCUUUAAUUAGUUAGUAACAUGCACAUAGUGGCAAAUUCAUUAUAUUAUAUUAUAUUAUUAUACCAGAUUUUUGUACACUGUAUAACCAUGGUUACCUUAACCCUGAUCCUAUACAGUGUAAUAUGUGAUUCACACGGAAAAGUUGUUUGUAUAGUUUUGAAUGGCGAUAAUAUGAUACAGAAUAAGUUUUGGUUUGUGGAAACACCACGUUAUAUUUAUUAUUGCAAUAAAUAUGCUAUAAAAUAAUGCUUGUCCUCUUUCAAAUUUUUUUCAUGUAGUCCCCCUUGGUAAAAUCGCAUUGAACAAUCUACAGGAAUGCAUUGGUAUUCUAGACGAGGCUGUGAAAAGGAGGACAGACGUGCUAAAUGACUCAGAUUCCUUGUAAAUUCUUGAGGUAUUCAUGCAGGGUAAGCCUCGUUGCGUUGUGUGAAGUACAAUUAUUUACAGCAUACACUAUCAACAACAUGUGUAUCAGCCUCGUCCCUAGGCCUCUUAGUACGGGUGACGUCACGGGAAAAUAAAAGACGUGCACAGAGGACUUGGGACUAAUCCGCAUGUUUACAUGCUAAUGCCAUGCAGGGCAGAGGGCUGCUAUCAAGGGAAAGUUAUAAUGAUAUAUGCUUAAUUUUUAAUGUGCAUGCUUCAGUACGACGUGAAAUGAUAGUGUUUCAACAUUUCUUUAAUAUUGUUCUACAUGGAAAUUUCUUUGCCUUUUGUGACAAUUAGCAAUGGUGUAAAAAUGUACAGUAUGCAAUAUGAAUGUAG